AUGUCCUUAGAAAAGUCCCCAGAGAGCGGCUUUGGCCCUUCUGCUGUGUCGAGGCAAUCAUUAAUCUACAGCCUAGAAGAGGGUCCUCCCCAGGAUCUGACCCUGCUGCUACCUGGUCCUUGUCAUUCUCAGCUUCCAGAAUUACAAGAAAUACCUUUCUGGGUUUAUAAAUUUCUGAACUGCUGGCAUUUUGUUUACUACAGUCUGAAUGAACUAAGGCACAUCAAAUACAAAUGCCGAGAAAACAGAAGUGCAGGCUGUAUAGCAACUUCCAGAUCUAGGAAAGCUAACCAGGGAAGAAACCUCCAGCAACGAGAUCGUAAAAGCACACCGCUAUUCCUUCCUGCGGUCGCCGACGGGUCAGUAAAUACUGUUAAAAUAAGGAGGAGGGGUCCUACUCUUGCUCUGUUUCUCUUCUCAGUCCUGUGUGCUGUCCUGGAAGUAAGAGGCAAGGAGACGGUGAAGCUCUGCGGCCUGGGCUAUGUGAGAACAGUGAGGGACAUCUGUGCACAGCUGUAGGGGUCUCUUCACGCUCAGCAAGCUGAGACAAGAAACCACCUCCAGCUCCCAGACCGACAGGAGGCGUCCAAGGAAACUCUGGAGUACAACUUUCCUCAGACAGUUAUGUCAGGACAGGAGUUUGUUCAGGAUCCACAGGCCCCCAUGGAAGGGCUCUGGCAGUCCAGGAAGCACUGGGUGAUAUCCAGACAAUAUCUGCAAGCUCUGUGCUGCGCCGAGGGCUGCUCCAUAGCUGAGCUCAGCACCCUCUGUUAG